GAGACUCGAUUCUGGGUAGCAAGGCUCAGAAUGAAGGCUGCACACUGGAGCUUGGCUUGACUGAUCCGUCUUCCACAGCCAAGGAGCAAGACCGUCAUACAACCCUAGAACUACAAGGGCUUGAGACGGUGUCGGGUCACCAAGUGCCCCAAUCACUUGUUGACAAAGUGCCCAAAGAAAAUGUGGGCUUACAGAUACCCAACAAAACAGUGGUGCCUGCAGCCUCUGAAUCUACGGGUUCCCAGGAGCUCCAAACUACUCUAGAGGAACACCAAGACGAAGAAGAAUCUGCUUUCCACAUCCUGGACUCUGUAGAGGAUCAGGUGACUAUGACAGAAGCUCUGGAAAACCACUCUCCUGAAUCUAAGGGUACCUCAAAACAACAGAAAGCGAGUUACAAAAAGGUUAAGGGUCAUAUUCAAAAGAAGGACGGCAAGAAGGUAGUACAAACCCCUGAGAAGAUACAGACCCCCCCCGUGGAGUCGGAGAGGGGUGAGCGAGGUACCCACAAAAAGACUAACCGUGUCACCUUAGAUGAGGUGAGUGAGGAAGAGGAGAGUUACCCUGACGACGCUGCCGAAGAGGAAGAGCUAAUGAAGAAACAGAAACUGGCGAAGGAGAAACGGCGAGAGAGAGAAUGGGAGAAGGAGAGGAGUACAAAGCGGGUGAGGAGCAGAGAGAAGGAGCAGGAAUGGAAGAGGGAGAAGGGGAGGUUCAGUGUGGAUACGGAAUGGUUGGUGACUCUGGAUGAGAUCGGAGGAGAUGGGGAUGAGAGAGGAGAGGAGGGUGCGAGGGAUCAGGAGAGUGGAAUAAAUGAGGCAGACCUUCAUGAAUUGGUCACUCUGGAUGAGAUCGUUGGCGAGGAAGGAGGGGAGGGUCCUAGCCCAGAGCCACACCCAUUCAGGCAGGAGGGCGAAUCAGGAGACUCCUUCAACACAGAGACUAUGGUGACCCUGGAUGAGACUGGAAGUGAUCAUGAGAUGGAGGAAGUGCAGCCCAAGAAGUCUCCAGAACCAGCCCAGAACACAGGUACAGGUAUCUGUCAGAUCAGAACCAGCCCAGACCCGGCACGCUGACAACACAGGUACAGGUAUCUGUUAGAUCAGAACCAGCCCAGACCCGGUACACUGACAACACAGGUACAGGUAUCUGUCAGAUCAGAACCAGCCCAG